AUGCUUCGAAGAUUAUUGCCCCAUUUUAGAUCCUUAAAGACAAAUUCUCUUCAAUAUCACAAAUUCUCCACAACUACUAAGCUUUUAGACUUGAGUGAAUUUUUUGAUGAUAAGAAAAACUGGGGAGAACCGACUGUAUAUAGUGGAAGACCAUGGCGCAAAGAAGAGCUUCGACUGAAGAGUAAUGUUGAUCUACAUAAACUGUGGUACGUGCUUCUGAAGGAGCGUAACAUGCUGAUGACUAUGGAAGAAGAGCAUUUCCGUUGUUUGGAGCAAAUGCCUAAUCCUGAGCGCUUUGAGAAGGUUGAGGAGAGUAUGGAGAAUCUUUUAAUGGUCGUAGAAGAACGUAACCGUGCAGAAGAUGAAUUAGAAAAAGGUGAAUGGGUUGGUCCAAAGGUUGUGGAGUCAGUAGACCCGUUGGGUCGAGCAGUUCAGACACUGACCAGUGAACAUCUUUCUCCUAAAGUUAUACCAAGUCAUGCACAAUCAGAUGAGUGCAUGUGGAGUGAAAAAACGGUGAACUUGUUGCGGUUGGAGCGCGAGAAGCGAAUUAUCAGAAGGCGCGAAGAGCAACGAAGACAGCGUUAUUCCGACAGGCUUAAACACUGGAACAAAAGUGACUAUCUCAACGAAGAUUCGAUUUGA